UGUCUGCAAAGUUAUAAGCGUGCGUCCCUGUUAUUAAUGCAUAUUCGUCCCGAUAGGUUCAAAUAUUGUAGUUUAUAUUUUUAAUAAUCUGUAUGACGCUAAAAAUAUAAUAACUGUAAAGAACAUUUGUCGAACAGACGUACUGCACAUGCAGUUCACCAUUCGGCUAUUUCCGUAAAGAGUCGUAACACAGUCGAAGCUUAGGCUAAUUCUAUAACACCCUGCUGCCGCUCGUCAUGUAACAUCACACUCAAGGUUACCGCGUGUGGAAGAAUGGGUCCACACCUGACAAGCAUGCCCUGGACAUUCACCGUAUGACAGGAUGCAUAUAGCCGAUUUUGUAUCCGGAUCAAUUGGAGGGGCAUGUGGAGUUGCAGUGGGUUACCCCCUGGACACUGUGAAGGUCCGGAUCCAAACUCAGAAGCAGUUCCGAGGAGUGUACCAAUGUGCGGUGGAGACAUACUCAAAAGAAGGGGUGCAUGGCUUCUUCAAAGGUAUGUCCCUACCCAUGGCCACCGUCUCUAUGACCUCUUCGGUGGUGUUUGGGACCUACAGGAACUGCCUGCAGUGUCUGAAGCAGGCGCGAGGAGCUGACUGGGGUCCAAACACCAAACUGGAAGUGUUCCUGUCCGGAAUGGCUGGCGGUGUAGCUCAGAUAACAGUGAUGUCGCCGGGCGACAUAGUGAAGGUCCGUCUGCAGUGUCAGACUGAGUCCAAGCGGGGGGGAGCCAACAUGGCCAAGCCAAAGUACCACGGACCAGUGCACUGCCUGCUGAGCAUUGUCAAAGAGGAGGGGUUGGUGGGGCUCUACAGAGGGGCUCUCCCACUCAUGCUGAGGGACGGGCCGUCAUACGCCACGUACUUUCUGACUUACACCACUAUCUGUGAAUGGCUGUCGGGCGGCAGCAAGAAAAAAACUGAUUGGAGCGGUGUGAUGCUGGCGGGCGGGAUCGCCGGCAUGGCAGGCUGGACGGUGGGGACGCCCAUGGACGUGAUCAAAGCCCGUCUGCAGAUGGACGGCGCACGGGAGAUAAAGCGAUACAAGGGCUUUUUCCACUGCAUCACAGAGACAGUGAGGGUGGAGGGAGCCGGCGUGUUCUUCAGGAGCCUGGGCAUCAACUGCCUGCGUGCAUUCCCAGUAAACAUGGUGGUGUUUUUUACCUACGAGGUUCUGACAGGCGUUCUCCAAGCUGGCCCGGAAAGAGUUGAGCCGCCUCGUUUAGGGUUCGAAUAGUACUCAGUCCUUUGGUCGCAGUGCCUCGUUUAGAUUUCCCAAAGAGUGCUCGUUCCCACAUCUUUCAAUGGAACUGUUACAUUAAAUACAUUCAGACAAUAAUAAAGUGUUAUCUCGGAAUCUGGGCUUGAGACGUGCACUGUUACUACCAACGUGCACAUAAGCGGAUCCGACCACUAGAUGGCGCCCCUGACCAGCAUGUUACAGGGUCUCUUUUUUUUGUGCUGUUUAUGGCUUUGUUUUUCACAGCAGGCCCCCCCCUAAAAAAAAAAAAUCACUGCUUUUGGAGCUACUUGAACCUAAGCCAUGUUUGACUUCACAUGAGACUAUUUAAGGUCCUGUGCUUCGAAUUAGCUGCAAUACGCACAAUUUAACGAGCAGGUUACCCGUACCAGCCCACGGCAAAUGUUUGCAUAUCAGCACGUCAGCUGCUCACUUCUAAGGUGCAGAAUGCUUCAAACGGACACAAAUACAUAGUGCAACAUUGAGAAAAUUGUGGAGUUUUAAUCUGAAAUGCGGACAUUCAGCAUAUCCCUCCACUGGUCCACAAAAGCUGCUGCAGUUGUGAUUGACACUGAAAUCUUUAAAUCACAUACUGUCUAAUCGUAAGUUGGAGCUCAUUUUCAUGCUCAUUUGUUUUUUUAAAUUAUGGUAAAUACAUAUGAGUUUCUACUUAGAGUAGGUUUGCUUUUGUAGGCUGGGAAAAUCUAAAGAAUUGUGUUGAGAUGAGAAAAAAUAUUUAUUUUUUGAAUUACGAUGAAUAUGUUUUUGUGCCUCUAUGACAAUAAAGCUUGACAAUGUAUUUAUUGUCUGAUGAUGGGAUACGAAUAAUAUAUGUGGAAUGUAAAGAUAUUUGGAUAUGUUUACAAAGUUGUUUAUAAUGUAAAUUUUGAGAUUGUAAAAUAUUGAGGAAUUAAAGGCCCCUGAGACAAAAGAGUGCGGAAGUAAAUUAAUGGGCGCAUUCCGAACAUGGACUAGGAUUCACAUACAUUUAACUUCAUAUUAAUUCUAUUUUCCACACUGUUAGGAAUAUCACAUCUUUUCUUUGACAAUGAGUUUCACAGGAAGACAUAUAGUGUAUGGUUUCUGUCUAAUCAUUGCUUUUUAAAAACAUUUUUAUAAGACAUUUCAAUCCAGUCGCUCCCAAAUGUUUCUGCUUUUGGAAUGAAAGCAAAAAGCUGCAUGAUAAGAGCAGCUUCAUGUUUGGUAUGUUCAUCCUGCGUAAAACACCCUCCCUGAUAAGGGACUUCUUCCCCUUUGAAUGUUUUACUUUUAUUUGAGCCUUUGAAGGAAAAAUAGUUCUGAUUUAUUAAAGUUUGAAGAAAAACAGAUUUCCACAUCGAUUGUCGUUUGCCUUGCGUUUUCUUCUUCACAUUAAUGAUCUUGUAAUCCCUUUGGGUAAUAAAUCAGAUGCCAUAAGUAAUUCCAAGCAGCUGAAUACAAUACAAUGACACAUUAACAGCAACAGUCAAGUUAUCAUAUAUGUUGGAUUUUUCUAAGUAUACGAAGACAUUUGCUCAUGUCAAGGACUUUUUUUC